AUGGAAAAGCGGGAUAUAGCUCAACCAGUGGUGGAUAGAAUCCUAGCAAACCCAUUACAAUUUCAAACGGCUUCAAAACCUGAUUUCGAAGACGUUAAUAGUGGGUCUUCGUACAUAGUGAUCGGGCACACAGCAUAUCCAUCGUCAUCAUCAGAUCGAGCGAUGAGAUCAGGUAACCAGAAAGAUGCAGAAGCAAGGGUUGUUGGUCAGAAUCAAGAACGGUAUUCGUCGGCCAAGGCCGAACCUUGGAAACCCAUGCCUCGCAGUUUUUCAGAGGCUCUUGAAAUGUACACUGCGAAAAAACCAAAAAAAGACGUUGCUAAUGGGAGAGAUGAAGAGCUGAGCGACCAAGGGUAUGUGAGCUCGAGUUCAAAUGAGGAUUUUUCCAAUGGCAAAGGUGGCAGACAAGAAACAGAGUCGUCAGGCAACUCUUCUGGAAAUGAUGAGUUCCAUGAAGCUCAAGAAUACGCCGAAAGUCCGGAAAUAGAGAAAGGAGAGGAAAGUAGAGACGUUGGUGAGGACGUUGGAGAGGACAUUGGAGAGGAUCUUGGUGAAGAUGUUGGAGAGGAUGUUGAUGAGGAUGUUGAUGAAGAUGUUGGAGAAGAUGUUGAAGACGAUGUUGAUGAGGACGUUAAUGAGGACGUUAAUGAAGAUGUUGGGUUGGAAGUAUCUGAAAAUUCACACUCCCUAGGUAAUUCGGACCAAACAGAAGACGAAGACUUUCAAGACGACGAAGAUGCAUUAUCAGAAUCAGAAGCGUCAGAAAGCGAAAUCGCCGAUAGUGAAAAACUGGGCCUCAUACGUGAGGCUCAAGAAUAUGCUCAAAUGGAUGCUUCUGCCAAAUCCGCAACCGCACCAAAAGAGGAAGAAGAAGAAGAAGCAGAAAUUGAUGCCGACUCAGAAGAUCUCAAGCACAAAAUACCACACAGCAAACGACCCUCACCUACUCCCCCUACCUUUCUCUCGGAUAUCGACCAAUUUUAUCAGUUCAACGAAGACUUUCGUGACCAGGGCUCUAACAAUUCCAACCGCAUUUUGAAAAAUUGGGGACCACAGUUAACAAAAAUGAGACCUAAGGGCCUUUUAAAUCAUGGCGUUACUUGCUACACAAACGCCGCGGUCCAAGCCUUGAUUCAUGUGCCCGCCAUCCAACACUAUCUAUUUGACAUCCUCCGCGGCCAAUACAAAUCCACCAUAAAACCACAGUCCGUUUCUUACGUUCUUGCAGAAACCACCAAGAAAAUGUGGUCAUCGGAAUCAUCAAACGCCCAGUAUAUCAAUCCAAAAAAACUGAUUGGUAGACUGGACGAUAUCAACUGCAUGAUGAGCGAAUGGCAGCAAGAAGAUUCUCACGAAUAUUUCAUGUCGUUGAUGUCUAGGCUUCAAGAAGAUGGCGUUCCUCGCGGUCACAAGUUGACAGAAAGUAUAAUACACGAUAUUUUUGGCGGAUUACUGCGGCAAGAAGUGACGUGUAAAAGCUGCGGACAAGUAUCUAAGACAGAACAACCAAUUUAUGACCUUUCGUUACAUUUGAAAGGCAAAAAGCAAACGGAAUCUACAGAUAAUGCGAAAAUUGCACAAGCCUCGAACGAAGAACAACCCCAACGUCGUUUUUCGAUAGAGAAAUCCAUUAGAGAUUUUUUCAAUUCUGAAUUAAUCAAGGCCGAUAAAGCAACUAAGGAGGGAUACUUUUGUGAGAAAUGUCGGAAGACUACCAAUGCGACCAAGCACAAUUUUAUCUUAAGAGCACCAGAAACUCUCCUAGUUCACUUGAAAAAAUUCCGCUUUAACGGUACUUCGUCUUCAAAAAUGAAGCAAGCGGUAUCGUAUCCUAUGUUCUUGGAUUUGACCGAGUAUUGCGAAGAUGCACUGAAAGCCGUUCCUCUGAAAUACCAACUGAUAAGCGUUGUUGUUCAUGAAGGCCGUUCUCUGUCCUCAGGUCAUUAUAUCUCCCAUUGCAAGCAACCGGACGGUUCUUGGGUCACCUACGAUGAUGAGUAUAUCAACAAAAUCUCCGACAGGCAGGUUUUGAAAGAGCCGGGUGCUUACUACUUGGUAUACACCCGACUAACACAUAAAAGCGUGCCAUUGGCAUCUAACUCAGACGCCUCGUCGUCCAAAUUGGCUUCAACGUCGGGAAGCGAACCAAGCACUUGCGAUACCAGCGCAUUCAAGAAGAAAAAAAAGAACAAGGGCAAAAAUAAAGCCAAGAAACGGCGUCUGGGCAACUAA